AUGGAGAAGUUGAAGGAAUUGGAGGAAAAAUGGUGCAAGUUUCGACUAUCUGAAAAGGAGGCCACGGACAUAAUGUUCAAUGAAGAAGAGGAUGAAGCAUUGAGAUACAAAGAGGACAGAAGUCUAGUGGGGAGGGUUUUUUCAUCGAGAGUGAUAAGCAUGGAAGUACUGGGCUCAACCAUGGGCAAGGUGUGGAGGAUUAGCAAGGCAGCAAAAUUUUUGGAGUUAUGUACAAAUAUUUUUGUUAUUACUUUUGAAACCCAAGCUGAUAAGGAGAGGGUGUGGGCUGGAAGACCGUGGUUGUUUGACCAUCAGUUGUUAGCUAUGAAGAGCUUUAAUGGUUUCACUCCACCACAGAGGAUGAGUUUUGAGAAAGAGAGUUUCUGGGUAAGGAUGUAUAACCUACCUUUAAUGUGUAUGACUAAAGCUCGUGGAGAGCAAAUAGGUGGGAUGGUGGGAUAUGCAGAGGAGGUGGAUACUCAGGUAGAUGGUAGUGGAUGGGGAAAAGUUCUGAAAGAACAAAUUAAGAUGAAUAUAAAGUUGCCUAUACCCAGAAGCAUAACUAUUAAGGUUAAAGGAGAAAGCCUAUGGAUACCAUUCAGCGACGAAAAAUUACCUAGAUUAUGUUUCUCAUGUGGUUGUAUAGUGCAUGGAGAAUCUGGGUGUUUAAAACAAGAAGGAGAUGACGAUGGGGGGAACAAUAUAGGGUAUGGUUGA